CAGAAACCCAAGCCCUGGGACAGAAGGUGGCUGUGGUGGACAGAAGGUGGUAACGAGGUCGUAUCAGGAGCCACAAGAAGCCACCCAGCUGCUCGGUGCCUCUGACCAAAGCCUUCCUCUGAAGAAGCCCUGCUUGAGCCGAAUACAGAGGGAGCCAAGAGGGACGUGAUGCUGCCUGUGACCCAUGUGCUGGCCUUUGGUGCUUGGCUGGUGGCACAGAGCGAGGCUACACUGAGUGCCCCCACAAUCUCCAUCUUCCUGAAGCCACCUGGGGUGAUCCCACUAGGAGGCUCCACCACCAUCUGCUGCAUUUGCCAGCACAGCUCUGGGAGCUUUGUGCUGUACAAGGGCAGCCACCGGCUCCAUACCCAGAGUGGCAGCAGGGCCGAGUUCUCCAUCUCUAACGCCACCUCCCAGGACAGCGGUACCUACAACUGCCAUUACCUGCAGGGAGGCACCGUGCUGGCUCGAAGUGAGGAACUGGAGGUCUUUGUGGAAGAGCUCUGUCUGCCCAGACCCCACCUCUCUGUCCUGCCUGGCCACGAGGUGACUGCAGGAGCUGAUGUGAUGUUCCGCUGCAGCUCCACACACCCCAGCACCGGCUGUUACCUGUACCUGGAGGGGCAGAUCCGAGCCCAGCUACUGCCAAGGGAACGAGGUGACUACAACCUCUCCCACGUGCAGAACGGUGACAGCGGCCGCUACAGCUGCCAGUGCUACACCAUCAAUGCUUCCAGAGAAUGGUCUGCUGUCAGCAACACCCUGGACUUGGUGGUGAGAGAUUACACUCUGUGCAACACCGUGCGCCUGGCGCUGGCGGCCGCGCUGCUGCUGCUGCUGCUGCUGCUGGGGCCGCUCACGGCCAGGGCAGCACGGAGCCGCUGCUGGAGGAGCCACUGCUGAAAGAACCACAGCUGGAGGAGCCACAGCUGGA